CAAAAAGAGUGAUUAUUUGAUUCGAUUUCGCUAUAAUUCAAACUAAUGUUUCCCUUGCUUGUAGGCUGUAUACCCACUUGCUUUUAGGCUAUAUUCCCACUUGCUUUUAGGCUUUGCCACAUCAUCCACAACUCUAUAUAUAAUUCUUCUUUGGUUUUCAGUUUCCUCACACUUGUUGACCCUGGGCUAAUCUAACUUUUUCAUUAUUUCAUCUCAUACAAAAACAUUUUCGCUGUUUUCUUUUUCUUUUUCUUUUUUCCUUUGUUUUCUUUCUUCAUUCAUGGCUUAUGAGCUUAGGAUAUGGUUUGCGGUGUCAAUAAUAUCAUUGGCGUUGCAAUCAUUGGUUCAUGGUAAACCACAAGUACCUUGUUACUUCAUAUUUGGAGAUUCAUUGGUUGAUAAUGGCAACAAUAAUGCCCUUCAAACUAUUGCAAAAGUAAAUUACCUACCUUAUGGUAUUGAUUUCCCUGAAGGGCCAACUGGAAGAUUUUGCAAUGGUCGAAAUUUGGCAGACAUAAUCGGUCAACUGCUAGGUUUUGACAAGUUUAUACAACCCUUUGCAACUGCUAGAGGUUCGGACAUCCUCAUGGGAGUAAAUUAUGGAUCUGGAGGAGCUGGAAUUCGUGAUGAAACCGGGCAACAACUGGGUGCUCGGAUCAGCAUGAAUAAGCAGCUACAAAAUUAUCGAACGACCAUAUCACACAUUGCCACCUUACUAGGAAGCAAAAAAGCAGCUGCAAAAUAUCUAAACAAGUGUUUGUUUUCAGUAGGAAUGGGCAGUAAUGAUUAUAUUAAUAACUACUUAUUACCACAGAUUUACCCUUCAAGCAGCCUAUAUACCCCCGACCAGUAUGCCACAGUACUAAUUCAACAAUACUCUCAGCAGCUAAGGACACUGUACAAAUAUGGAGCAAGGAAGGUAGCCAUCUUCGGACUUGGUUUAAUAGGGUGCACUCCUGGUGAAAUAGGUAGUCAUGGAACAAAUGGAUCUGCAUGUGUGGACAUGAUCAACAAUGAUGUUAAACUGUUCAAUGACCAGUUUAAGUGUCUUGUUGAUGACCUAAAUAAAGAUCUCCCUGAUGCACAAUUUAUCUUCAUAAAUGUUACUCAAAUUUCAUCAGGAGAUCCAUCUGUUAUUGGUAUUACAGUUACAAAUGCUCCAUGUUGCACUGUAUCGCCAACCACGGGACUAUGUGUGGCUAAUCAAGUUCCAUGCAAUAAUAGGAGCACGUUUGAAUUCUGGGAUGCAUUUCAUCCAACAGAGAUUGCUAAUGUGUUAGUUGGAUCAAGAGCAUACAAUGCUCAGACUCCAUUAGAUGCUUAUCCAUUUGAUAUUCGUCGACUGGCUCAGCUCUAAUAACAAUUUUUUUUUUAAUUUUUUUUAUUUCUAUUUUUUUUGUGUUUCUUGUUUCUUGUUUUUUGUUUGUUGUUUGUUGUUUUUGCUUUUGUUUUUGUUUUCAAUCAAUAGUAGAAGAAUAAGGGAGCGAGGUUGAAAUAGUACAAUAAUCAUAUUCCCAGGCUUAUUAAAAUUCAGUUGCCGUUAAUUAUCUCCAAUAAGGUAUGCUUCAGUAGUAUUAAUACUUAAAGUUUUCUUAUGUGAAUGUCACACUGUUGUCUCAUUUAUUUCAAUAAAAAUUGUUGUCUCAGUUCAA